AUGACCCGCAACAUCGAGUACAUCAUCACUGCCGAGUUCCACAUCGACAAGGGGCCUUCGCUUCUUCACCAGUACCCCAGCCAGCUCCCAGGACUCCAGAACCUCGUGUUUCUUCCCGAGCUCAUGCUCCCGGACCAGAUCCACAAGCGGGAAGAGGACUUCACGCUUUUCAUGCUCUACAGAAACACCACCACGGGUGAAUUCCAGUACUUGUACAACAAGGCCACCUGCGAGCCUGAGCCGUACUUCCUCUACACCAUCGUCAACAACUUGAAGGACUCCAAGUUCAAGCGUGGGUCGGUGAUCAAGUCGUUGUCGAUCAUCACCAAGCUCCUCUACUUCAAGAACUUCCGCCCCCUCCUCUUGAUAUGCUUGGACAAGUACUUUGGCGACAACAACCUCGACAUCAUCAAGGAGCUCUACCUGGCCAUCAACGUCAAAAACUUCAAGUUCUCCAACAGCUCGAGCCUGAUCUCCAUCAUCAAGAAGCUCCUCAUAACCUCGAUAUUGGACUUGCCCAUCAACGACAAGAUUUACUACGACGAGUCGUUCAGAAACAAGUUGAUGGGCAUUAACAAGAACAGCAUCAUCAACCAGGACCUAUUUAUCCGCAAGGACCUCAGCUUCAACUCCAUCAUCAAGUUCAACAACAUGAACAUCCCCAUCAAGAUCCCCAUGGUGGAGCUUCCCGAUACAAUAGGUGACUACCUCAACCCCACCGAUCUCAACUUCAAGCCCAACUUGAUCAACUUUCUUUCGGCCAAAUUGGUGACCACCAACCUCCACAACGAGUUGACGAUCUAUGGAUUGCAGACGCCGCCCAUAAUCAUUCUUAUUAAUGCAAUUUUGACUGGUAAAAAGAUCAUUUUCUUGAGUUACGACAACUCUUCAGGAUAUAUCAUUGACUAUGUGCUCCUUACCUUGAAAAUAAUAUCAGGAGGAGGUAUUUUGAGUGGACUCUUGACAAACUACAACGUGUUUCCUAUUAUAGAUGUUUCUAAAAUUGACCUUUUGGAAGAAUGUGAGUCUUAUAUUGCAGGUACAAUCAACCCAUUCUUCAAAAAUAACGACAAGUUAUGGGACUUGUUGUACGAUUUGGACUCGAAUGAGUUCCAUUUGACUUCUCAACACCCCUCUGACAAGGACUACAAAUCGUCCAUUAUUUCAGAAGAUGCUAAGUUUUUGUCCAAUUUACAAUUGUCGUUAUUCAAUUAUAAUGAUGAUUUGACCACCAUCCAACUAAUUUUCAGAAGACAUAUAAACGAGAUUAUAAGGAUCUUGUUAAGUCUGAAGAAUUUCAAUAAUAAUUUCCCUUCAGACUCCCCAAAUUCUAAGAAGAAAUUAACCUUACUUAUGGACGGAAUCGGCUACUUCUGGCAGAGUGACUCAAACAAAUUGCUUGAAAUAUCAUGUUACCAGUUAAUAUCGAAAAAGUUUCAGGAUCUUCUCUUUGACGGUAAGUUCUCGUACAAUUUGAUGUUACCGAACCUUGCCAACGAGUUGAAUUUGAUGAUUGAUUUGCAGUAUCAUUUGCAGAGUUUGAACAACAUUUCCAAUAAUCCAAGAGUGAAUGAACGUGAAAUAUGGUUCAAUUUCUUGAAGUAUCUCAUCAGCGGAAAGUCUUUGGAGAUCUUCUUACUUGUGACAUACUUGAUCCCUCCAAACUCCGCCACCAGCUUACAGUCUUCCUCGAUGCAUGGGGGCAACUUGACGAUCUUUGACAAGAACAAGGGGAUUGAAUUGUUGUUGUUGAACUUGUUCAACCAGGACGACCAAGUGAAGAGCAACAUAAUAAUGAUAUUGCAGGAAUUGCAAGAUAAUUUCUUGUGUGGAUGGUGUUUGGACAAGUUUAUUAAGUCCAACAUGAUCUAUGAGGUUGCGUUCGAAGAGCUUAAAAACUAG